AUGGGCACCAACAGCACCAACCUGGCUGUUUCCAAUCAUGAGGCUGAAGCUGUGAGCCUUAUUGCUGCGACCAGCCUAGCUGGAAAACUAUGUCAGGGCCGUAUGAUCAGGAAAAUUAUCUUCCUUGUCAAUAACAUUGCAAAGGGGUCAUCCAAAGGACUAAAAACCCAGCUUCUUCGAAACCGGGUCGAUCACUUCUUCCAAGUCAUCGACAAAAAUUUGGCGGCAUUACCUCCUUGGGCAGAGGUCGUCAUAGUCUGGUGCCCGGGUCACAAGGACAUCACUGGAAAUGAAAUGGGAAGACUUGCUUGA